CGGUGACGUCACCGCCAUAGUGGGCGAGCGGGGAAGGUCGCGUCCCCGGCCUCAGCAGGAGGAUGCUGUCACCGCUGCUCAGGGCGGCCGUGUCGGCUCGCCGGGCUAUUGUGACCCCUCUCAGGGUCCCCGUCCGCAGAUCUGGCGGCGGGCAUCACGCAGUGCGCUAUCGUCAAGCCACAGACCCGGACCCCUACUACGUGCGCUACGGCAUGUUCCUGAGCAGCUUCAUGUGGUUCUGGAUCUUCUGGCACAUGUGGCACACCCCUGAGGAAGUCUUCGGCCACUUCCCGUACCCGGACCCCUCCAAGUGGACGAACGAGGAGCUGGGCAUCCCACCAGACGACGAGGAGUGAUGUGCACGUGACACCUGGAUUGCCAGCCGAGCUCUCGCGCGCGUCCCCUCUGCCCGGCUCCCCCCCCCUGCAACUCUCCUGCUGAUGGUGCCCCCCAUGUGGCCACGGGUGCCGACCUACGGGGCCUUGGGUAACGGGGGGGGGACCUGUACAUACUCCAGCAAAUUCUACUGAACAGUUGAA